GUUGUCUCCAGCCUCAUUACUAAUAAAGUUGUGUGAAAAGAAGCGCAAGCAAUUUGUACAAUUUUGUUAGGACUCCAUUGGAAGAAACCAAAGAUAUGCUCGUUCCUUCGGUGCGCGUGCCUCGCUGCCUGGGCUUCGUGGUGUCUCGUUACGGCACUUUCCUCGCACGUUCUUCAGUUCCCUGUCGUGUUCACGAGACCAGCGCGUGCCGGAGGAUCUGCCGAUCAUUGUGCACCCUCAGGUACACCGCAAUGUCUGGCGAGAACCGAUCAGACCGCCUGCCUACAAAUGUUAAACCGGUGAAUUACAAGAUAGAGCUGAAGCCGGACCUGAAAAAGCUGGCAUUUGACGGCCAAAUAGUGGUGACAGUGCAGAUCCGUAAGCCAAGUGAUGUCUUCGUGCUCAAUUCACUUGCACUUGACAUUAAGUCUGCUGAAUACAUUUCCGAUGACGGAAAAGAACACAAGGUGAGCAGCAUUGCCACAUCCAAGGAAGAGGAGAGGAUAACAAUAAAAUUUGACACUAUGCUUGCUCCAGGCACAGGAAAACUUGGUAUUUCAUAUUCAGGUGAAAUGAAUGGAAAAUUGAAAGGCUUCUACUGGGUGAAAUAUAAAGGACAGAAUGGUGAAGACAAGUUUGGAGGCGUUACUCAUUUUGAGCCGACUGAUGCACGUCGAGCAUUCCCCUGCUGGGAUGAACCAGCCCUGAAGGCAUCAUUUGAUCUGACACUUGUUGUCCCCAAGGGUUACACUGCACUCUCCAACACAAAUGUAGUUGCUGAUGUGGACUAUCCUGGGGACCCAAUGCUGCACGUGAUCACCUUUGCCAGAACACCGAAGAUGUCCACCUACCUCGUGGCCUUUGUUCUGGGCGAGUAUGAUUAUGUUGAAGGAACUUCAGAUGAUGGAGUUUUGGUCAGGAUCUACACACCCAAAGGCAAAUCUGAGCAAGGAAAUUAUGCCCUUGAGGUAGCUACUCGUGCUCUGCCUUACUACAAGAACUACUUUGGAAUUGCAUACCCACUGCCAAAAAUGGAUUUGAUUGCUGUACCUGACCUUGCUGCAGCCGCUAUGGAAAACUGGGGCCUUGUGACUCAUCGCGAGUCAGCUCUUCUUGUCGAUGAACAGAACACGUCUGCUGAAAGAAAACAGAACAUUGCCCUGGUUGUAACGCAUGAAAUUGCCCACCAGUGGUUUGGCAAUUUGGUUACCAUGGAAUGGUGGACCCACUUGUGGCUGAAUGAAGGAUUUGCAUCAUUCAUCGAGUUCCUCUGUGUGGAUCAUCUGUUUCCAAAGUACCACAUUUGGACACAGUUUGUUACUAACUGCUAUGCUCAGGCAAUGGAACUGGAUGCCUUGCAAAACAGUCAUCCUAUUGAGGUGCCUGUACGACAUCCAAGUGAGAUCGAUGAAAUCUUUGAUGAUAUUUCAUAUCACAAAGGUGCAUCGGUUAUCAGAAUGCUCCACAACUACAUUGGUGAUGCUAAAUUCAGGGAAGGCAUGAACUUGUACUUGACCAAGCACAAGUAUGGCAACACGACCACAGAGGACCUGUGGCACUGCUUGGGUGAAGUGUGUCAAGUCCCUGUUGAAGCCAUCAUGAACACCUGGGUGAAACAGAAGGGCUACCCUGUGUUAUCUGUAACAAGCUAUCAAGAUGGAGAUAGCAGAGUGCUGAUGUUCACCCAGGAAAAGUUCAACGCCGAUGGCAAGGCCACAAAGGACAGCUCUCUCUGGAUGGUUCCAAUCAGCAUCACAACCUCAAAAGCACCCAAUACGAUCAUCAAGCAGUUCCUGUUGGACUCUGCUUCAUCAGUGCUGGUACUUGAUGGCGUGACUUAUAAUGACUGGGUCAAGAUCAACGUUGGAACUGUUGGCUGCUACAGAACCAUGUACAGCUCUCGAAUGCUGUCUCAGCUAAUCCCUGCUGUGGAAAACAAGACUUUGCCUCCAUUGGAUCGGCUGGGUCUUCAGAGCGACCUGUUUGCUCUUGUGCAAAGUGGCCACAAAUCGACUGUUGAUAUGCUUCGCCUGAUGGAGGCCUAUGUGGAAGAAGACAACUACACUGUCUGGAACUCCAUCAACUCAUGUCUGGGCAAACUGAACCAGUUGCUUUCGCAUACUGACAUUCAGCCACUUCUGCACCUCUAUGGCCGACGUCUCCUAGCCAGUAUAUUCAGCAAAUUAGGCUGGGACCCUAAGCCUGAUGAAAGUCACUUGGCUACACUGUUGAGAAGCACUGUGAUUGACCGUCUGGCCCGUUUCAAGGAUCCAGAUGUCCUCGCUGAAGCCAGAAAGAGGCUUGACGCCCACAUCGCAGGCAAAGCCAUAAUUCCUGCCGACAUUCGUGGUGCUGUGUACCAGGCAGCGGCAUCAGUUGCAGAUCGGAAACGGUACAAUGAGUUUUUGAAGCUAUACAGAAGCACUGACCUUCAGGAGGAGAAGAACCGGCUCUCAGCUGCCCUCGCUGGUGUAACCAACCAGGAACUCAUUCAAGCAACCCUGGAAUUUGCUCUUUCGGAUGAAGUAAAGUCGCAAGAUGCUGUUUUUGUGAUUAUCUACUGUGCCCUCACUGCCGUGGGCAGGGACCUCACCUGGAGGUUCUUCGAGAACAACAAGGAUGCUGUUAGGAAGCGCUAUGGCUCUGGCUUCCUCAUUGCGAGGCUUGUCAAGUGUAUCACUGAAAAUUUUGCAACUGAAGAAAAAGCUUUGGAGAUAGAGUUGUUCUUUAGCCAGAACUACUUUCCUGGUGUGGAGCGUGUCGUCCAGCAGUCCUUGGAGAACAUCAGACUGAAUGCAGCAUGGAUUGCAAGGGAUUCUGAGAGUGUCCGGCAGUUUCUACAGAAGGCGGCAUCUUCAUCGCCAUAAAGCUUCGAGAAGCAGCCUUGUUUGAGUUUGUUUCUUUGCUCCAUCAUGAAUGAAAACUUAUUAAAAGGUGUGUGCUAAUAUGUUUUCUGAAAUUUAGUUUAACUAGUGUGAUUUAGGUGUGACUUCUUUUGUUGUUAUGUGUUUUAUUUAGCAGAAAUGCAGAAGUGCUGAAUGGAUUCAGUACUUAAUCAGAACAAUGGAUGAAAGUUUUGUGCGUGUGUGUGUGUGUGUGAUCUUUUAUCCGUUUUUUUUAUGCUUUGUAUGAUGGUAUGCAGAUCUCAAUUGUGUAAUUAUGCACUUCCAAUGAAAUUAUGUAUUAAUAUAAUGAAGUCUCAUUCUCCAAAUCUGGUAUUCAUUUUCGACUUCACCAUAUGUGCCAUUAACUGAGCACUUAAUUGUGCUCUUUUUAUGAACAACAUUAUGUGUAUUGUGACCGUUUAAAACAGUUCGGCAUCACCUGAAGUAGAAAGGGAGUGCACUAGCUGGAACAGGCCUCUCAUACUUAAGCACAGAGUGCUGUUGAUAAAGUUUAAUUUGGUUGUUCCCUUUCUUUUUUGCGCAAAUGUAUGUUCAAGAGGCAUUGAGAAAAUGUGUGUGGGUUGUGUAAUGGAGAAUGGUGAUCUAGAGCGGGCUUUCUCUUCUAGGGGUUUCCUUGCUUUUUCCUUUAUUUCUUACAUCUUUUGCAGCAGCUUUACAUCAUGUCAAUUUGCAGUAAAAUAAGCAGCUCUUCUGUGCACGUAGGCCUGGAUAUAUUUAGCUGAAUGUUCAAGGGUGCAGCAUAUUGCAUAAAGUGUUGCACAAUUUGCAUGAUUACAAUGUUUGUUGCCACUAUGGAGCUAGCACCAGGCACUUCAGAAUGACAGUGUCUUAGAAAAAUAGUAAAUUGGUUGCACAUAUGCCCCUUUUCCAAAACUGUCCAUGUAUGACUUCUGCAAUGUUCCAGUGUGGAAUGUUAUCACAAAUUAAAAUCCAAGAAAUUCAGGUCUUUGCUGUGGUAUUCGUGUGACUUCUCUAGAUCAAACCAAAUUUGGCAUAGAUGAGUGUGUGGCUGUAUCAAUGCCAAUUGCCUUGGCAUUGUUUGCCUUCUGUUUUCAGUGCCUCUCACCUCACAAGUUCGCCUUUUUUCUCGAUGCUCGAUAGUAAUAUAAGUUCUACGAGAUCCGAAAAUUUAUUGAAGGAAGGUGUAUUUCACAUCUUGUACUACAUUCCCUUCAGGCCUAUUCUUAUUUAAUCCACAUGCUUUGAAAUAUGUGGUCAUAUUGAUGAAUCUGUCCCUUAAAGGGCCCCUCACCAGUCCACAUAGGGGAAUUUCAUUUAUACGCUGGAAGUUGUUACGUUUGCCCUCUAGGGAGCGUUUUGUCGCAAAAAUUAAUUGGUUAAUUAAUAGCCAAGAUAGAAAUAUUUCUGGGCCGCAAACCCAUGAUUUCAGGAAGCGAGCACCACUACCAAGAGAGACAAUCUCUCCACUUGCCCCGUCAAGCAUCCCCAAGCGAAAUUGCCUUCCCUGCGCGAUUUCGUGAUGCAUACGUCGUCCUGCCUUCAUUUUUUUUUUUUCCCUCGCUUUCUUUUGCUGCGUGGCGCACUUCACUUACGGUGUCACGUGCGAGCGCUUACGUUUGUCUCGUUUCGCGCAGUGCAUGAUUUUGCAUGCUGUGCACAAGAUCACCUGAUUAGCGGUAUAAGUCAGUGCUGCACAAACACUGAGGCAGACGCAAGCGGAUCACAGAGCAUGACCGCAUGCUGGAACACCAUAGAAAAUUGGUGCUUUGACAGUAUCUACCUAUCUCUCUCUCUAGCCACCUACGUCUUGGCGCUCUCAUGGUCGUUUCGUUAACUUGGUACAUACCAAAAUUGGCAUAAUAUGACAUGAGUGUGUGACGAACAUAAAUGAUUGGCCAUGACGUCUGUGUCGUAUAGGUCAUGAAACAGCCACCUAUGUCUUGGUGCUCUCAUGGUCGUUUCAUUAACUUGGUAUGUACCACAAUUGGCAUAGUACAACACUAGUAUAUGACAAACAUAAAUGAUAGGUCAUGACAUGCGUGUCAUGUGGGUCAUGAAACAGCUGCCUAUGUGUUGGUAUGUACCAAAUUGGCAUAGUAUGACAAAUGUAGGACGAACAUAAAUGAUCGGUCAUGACGUGAAUAUCAUGACAUGCAUGUAUGUAGGUCAUGAAACAGCCACCCACAUCUUGGUGCUCUCAUGGUCGUUUCAUUAACUUGGUAGGCUCCCCGCACACUGCUUUGCAUAAAAUCGAUUCCCACAGGGCUUGCUACCUGCCGGCUUUUUAUUUCUCUAAACUUUACUUCAUCUAUUGAAGCAACAGAUUACACAAAUAACAGAUGUUGCCGUGAAUAAUUCUCGAAAUCACGUGCCAUUAUGAGCAAUGUUGCAGCACUGCCAUGUACGUAGGCGCACUUGUGCCAUAUGCGUCAAUUCUCCGGCUGGGAGCGCGGUGCUCGCAAGAAGAAGGCCAAACGGCUUUCGGUUUGAAAUUUCAGUUCAUUGCACGGCACAUAGCAAUGUAAUACAUUGCAGACAAUCAUUAGUGCGCAUUGUAUUCUCGGUGCUUGUCAGCUCAAAAUGGUGAAGCCUGGUGAGGGGACCUUUAACAACCUUAAAUGUUUAAGGGUCAUGGCAUUGUAUAUCAUUAUGUAUGUUUUAUUUCAUUCAACUUAUUGCUGUUGCAAAUGUGCUUUGUGGCAGCUGAUGUGCAAGAAUUUCAAACUCAUGGCAUUAUAUGAAUAAAACUGAGCAUUCAUGUA